UUGAGCAGCAAAUAAUAAAUUGGGGAUCGGUUAUAGUGUGUCAGAGUAUAGUUUGCUUUGAAUAUAUAUAGUACUUUAUUGCAUCAACGCAUCGCCAAUCAUCAAUUUUAGUCUAGAACUGUGAUACAUUGUGUUUGAUUGUGCGUUUAUUCGUGUGCAAUGGAAAUAUUAAUCCCUGGACUGCUUGACGUCACUCGGGCACUGUUGAGUAUCCUGUGCAUCUGCUUGACCCUGAUAUGGGGCAUCAAUAAAUGGAAUAGCAGACAUAAGGAGCUACUUGCUUCAAAGUUCCCUGGACCGACAGCUCUGCCAAUCAUCGGCAACGCGCUUACACUUUUGAACAAAACUCAAUAUGACUUGUUAUGGACCAUUACUGGACUUUGUGAAGAGUAUAGAUCACCAUUUAAAUUCUGGCUCGGGAGUAAACUUCUAGUUUUCAUCACAAAACCAGAAGAUAUCCAGAUUAUUUUGAACAGUUCCAAGACAUUAGGCAAAGAUGAUAUUUAUAAGUUUUUUGAUGCAGCGGCAGGCACCGGUCUGGUUACAGCACCACUCGAAAAAUGGAAGAAAACUCGAAAAGUACUUACGCCAUCUUUUGCUCCGAAAAAACUCACAAGGUUUGUGCCUGUAAUGAGCGCAAGAGCAACGAUCAUUGUACAAAAGAUGCAGCAGCAUUGUGGUAGUGGUGUCGAAAUAGAUUUUUAUCCGCACUUCUUCACGGCUUCAUUUGACACACUCUGUGAAGCAUCUUUUGGGGUUCAAGUUGACUCUCAGCUAGGCCGAAGUCGGGAUUGGGCACAAGUUAUGUUUCGAGUUGCGCCACUUUUAAUGGAACGACUUCUUGCACCAUGGUUGCAUAUGGACUACAUUUAUGAAAAAACAAGUGCUGCAAAGAAGAUGAAAAAGGACUGUGACGAUUUUCGAGAAUUCAGCAAGAACGUAAUUAAUGAAAGGAGAAAACAUUUUUCAAAAAACUGCGGCAACAAUAAUGAUGAUAUGAAUGGAGAUAUUGAUUGUCCGGAGUAUUUACUAGACGCUAUCCACAAUUCUCAAGAAGACAGCAUUUACACUUAUUCUGACAUGGAUAAGAUAGAUGAGGCUUUAACUUUCAUGGUCGCGGGAAGUGAAACCACGGCGCAAACCAACUGUUUUGUUUUGUUAAUGCUAGCUAUUCAUCCCGAAUAUCAAGAGAAAGUUUUCGAAGAGCAGUAUAAUAUUUUCGGAGAUGCAGAUACACCUAUUACACCGGAUGAUCUGGAUAAAAUGGAAUAUUUAGAACAGGUCAUUAAGGAAACCCUUCGCUUGUUCCCUGUGGUUCCAAUUUUCGCGAGACAUGCAGAAGAGGACACAAAAUUAACACAAAAUUACGUUUUGCCAGCUGGUGCAACUGCGGUAAUUUAUCCAUUCUUCACGCAUUAUGAUACAGAACUUUGGCCAGAACCAAACAAAUUCAACCCGGAUAAUUUUACAGCUGAGAAAAUGGCGAAUAGACACAAGUAUGCUUUCAUACCUUUUAGCGGUGGUGCUAGAGGAUGUAUUGGUAACAAAUAUUCAAUUAUGGCCAUGAAGACAACACUAUCUAUCUUCCUACGGCAAUUUCGAGUUAGCACAACUAAAAACCUUGAAGAUAUCGAAGUUUAUCUGGACGUGGUGCUUCGAUGUAAAGGUGGUUGGAGUAUGAAACUUGAACGAAGACUAAAUCAGAAAUCCUAAAAAUGUCCGUUAUGUUCAUUGAUUUCUCAUCUUUGCAGUCCUUUUAGACUAACUGUCCGGAGGACUCUCAAAGCUAACGGCUAAGCUGAAUUGGCCAAAUAAAUAAAAAUAAAUAAAUGUAUGAAACUGGA